AUCCGCACCAACCUGCUGUCGGACACCCUGAAUGCAACAAGCUUGACUGGGAAAAACGCUCACUGCUUCAGGGCUGUUGUACACUGUGAUUUUUUUUUUAUCAUCACUAACGUUGGUCUGAAUUGAACAGGAGGAAGGAAGAUGUCGGUGGCCUAUAAAGACGACCAGGAGGACUGGCUGACAGUGUGUCUCAAGUACCUGCUCUUUGUUUUCAACUUUCUCUUCUGGGUGGGUGGAGUUGCUGUUUUGGGCGUAGGAGUCUGGACUCUGGUGGAGAAAAGCGACUACUUGAGUCUGCUGGCCUCCAGCACUUUUGCUGUGUCGGCAUAUAUCCUCAUCCUGGCCGGCGGCCUGGUGGUGGUUACGGGCUUCUUGGGGUGUUGUGCUGUCAUCCGGGAGCAGAAGAGCUGUCUGUCCACGUAUUUCUUCUGCCUGCUGUUUAUCUUCUUGAUUGAACUGGUGGCUGGAGUACUGGCGUAUGUCUAUUACCAGAGGCUGAGUGAGGAGCUGAAGCAGCAUCUCAACCAGACCAUGAACGAUAACUACGCCCAGCCAGGGAAGGAGGCCAUCACAUUAGCUGUGGACAGACUACAACAGGACUUCAAGUGCUGUGGCAGCAACAACUCCCAUGAUUGGAUGGUGAGUGUGUACAUUUCAUCAAAGCAGGCAGAAGACAGGGUGGUGCCCGACAGCUGCUGUAAGACCAUCACCCUUCACUGUGGCAAGAGAGACCACCCCUCCAACAUCUACAAGGUGGAGGGUGGUUGCAUCACGAAGCUGGAGCAGUUUCUGGCCGACCACCUGUUGGUCAUUGGUGCUGUGGGAAUAGGAGUGGCUUGUCUGCAGCUGGCCGGGGCUGUCUUGACAGCCUGCUUUAUCUAUCUGCUCUAUAAAGAAGAGGAAGAGAACUUCGGUCUGUGGCAUGGUGUUCACCAGCUGCUUGUACAAAAGGAUCAAGCUGGACCCUUACUGAGCACGCCAGGCCCCCCAACACACCAUCCUCAACAGGCAGAUGGAACAAUGACCUGCUGACACCUUAACUUCAACCUCUGAAUCUUGAACUCUGACCUGGUGAUCUAAGCUAAGUGCACAGACACGUUCCAGGUCACCCAGAUUGCAGUCGGAAACCAUUUGACCAUUGGCCAUUAACCAACCAGGCUGAUUUGUGGUUCCUCUUGUACAGUAUUGUACUCUCGUUACAAAGUAGUUUGAUCCAGGCUCAUGCAUUUCUGAUACCUGACUCUGAUCUUGGCCUACUGGAACAUGUCUGUUUGCGUCAUUGCCUUGGCUUGGAUGCAUGCUUUAGUUUGAGCAGGACAAAAGAAAGGGACGUGCGUAGUCAUAAUGCAUCCUACUCUGUUCAACUAAUGAUGAUCCAAAUUUAUUCAUCAUGUUUUCACUGUGCAGAGAGACAGACUGGUGUCACUGCUAAUGAAGAAAGGUAAUUUUUGGUUUGGUUGUAUAUUAUGUAAACACAAUGUGCCUCUUUUACCCUUCUGCUGGUAAAUGAUUAUGUAUUAAUUCUGGGCCUGAAAUCUUAAAGGGAGCUGACAAAGCACUGAUAAGCGGCAGCAAAUGAAACCUAGUUUACUAUCUUUAUAUUUGUAGUUAUGUCUAUAUUCCUGAAAAUAGCAGCACUGAAUGUUGAACUGUAGGGUAGUUAUUACAAUUAAGUGUAUGGCUACAAACAUGAAGACAUUCUCAGACGGUCUAAUAAUUAAAGGAAAAAGUGAAAUUCUUUUUCUUAAAUGGUUGCCAGAUCCCUGAAUUUAUAACUCCACCUAGUGGUUGGGACUGGUCAUAUACUAUACUGUGUAAUAUUUAAACUAUACUUUAGAAUUUUGCAUUACAUAAAAAUCAGCUAUUUAUCUUAAUGCGUGACACGUAAGAUGAAUAUACAUGUCAGAUGGAUAUAACCUUAACAAACAUUACCUUCUGUGAAUAUUAGACUUAUUUUUAUCUGUUCCUUGACACACUGAGGUUUCAUUAUCUACAGUGAAGAAGAGGAAGCUUUGUAAGGAGAGUUUAAGCAUGGACUAUGUUUUUGCACUGCCUAACCACCUCUUUUCCUGUAGCUAUUACUUGUGGAACAAUGAGUGGCCACUCUACUGCAGAGGUGAUAAGACUUGUCUUAGCUGUGUGGAUUAUAAAGUAAGAGAAAUACUUACUCUGUAGAUACAGUUGUUUCUGUUUCGAAGAUCAAAAAGUUAAAUAUCCGUUUGACAUUUUUUCAUUUAUAUCGUUUGCAAUAAUACAACACCAUUGCCAAGACUCUUGUAAAGGGAUCUCCUUGGAUUUGUGUUUGUUUUUCCCACCUCUGAUUGACUUACAAAUGAAGGGUGCUAAUGUAUGUAGAUGGUUGUUUAUGAGAUGAUGAUAUGACAUUGGCAUGUGCUCCAUCUACUGACUGUGCUUUUCAAAAUAUUGAUAUGAAACGCAUAAAUAAAUGUUUAAAUACGACA